ACAGCUACCAGAAGAAAUAAUGCGCAUGGAUGAUGAGUCAAUUGAAACGUAUAUUAAAGCUCUGAAAACAGGCAAAACCAUAAACAACAAAAUUCGAAUAAUGGUUGUUGGACAUUUUAAGGUCGGAAAAACUACGUUGGUGAAGAGGCUUUUUGGUCAGUUUCACAGCAAGGAUAUCACACCAUCAACAAACGGAAUAGAAACACAUGUUCGACAGUGUAAAGUUAAUAUAGAUGAUGAAAAUGAGGUUGAAUGGAAGGCAUUGACAGACGGAAACCAAAUCCAGUGGAGACAUGUAUUAUCACAAGGAACACAAAACCCUGUUUUAGUUCAUGCCAGUGUGGAGAAAAGAGGACGUACUACUGUUGAAAAGGGUGAUCGGAAUGAUGCUGCAAGUUUACAUCAUGAAUCUUCGCUGAUACCGGAAGUAGAAGACGAACAAAUUCAAGCACAGCAAAAACCGAACCAGCGACAAUAUGUUUUGGACUUGGUCAAUAACACGCGAAAGGACCAGGAAGACAACAUAAAUAAAAUACACAUUUCGGUGUGGGACUUUGCUGGGCAGUAUGCUUUCUACAAUACCCACCAGGUGUUUUUCGCAAGAAGGGCAGUAUAUCUCAUAGUCACAAACAUGUCUCAAGAUCUCCAGGAAGAAGUUGACGAUUCAUGCUGCGAGGAUUCGAAAGGUGCAUGGAAAUUACGAGUUAUAGACUUUGCAAACUUUUGGCUGAAUUCUAUACACGAGUUUUGUCAAUCAGAGAUUAAAAAAGAGCCACCAGUUCUGCUUGUUGGAACAUUUGCUGAUGAAUAUGCUAAAAAGAAAAACGUCGAUGGAACAAAAUACCAGGAGAAGAAAAAACAGUUGGAGCAUGAAUAUUUCAAGAAACUGAGGAAUAAAUUAGGGACACAUGAAGCAAAGAGCCACAUUUCAAAGCAUUUUAUGAUUGACAACAUGUGUACCUUAGACGAUGAUAAACAAUUUAGAGAGCUUAGAAAGGAAAUUGUAAAAAUAUCUAAAGAGCAAAGUUAUUUUGGUCUCCCCAUUCCUACAAAAUUUUUGCUGCUGGAGGAUGCCAUCAAUAAGAAAAGAGAAGAGGGAAUAAAGAUAUUAAAGAAAGAAGACUUCUUAAAUUGCAACGAAGAAUUACCGUUCAGGCUAGAUGAAAAAGAGAUCAAUUUGUUCUUGAGAUUGUAUCAUGAUCUUGGGAGUUUAAUAUACUUCUGUGACAACAAUUUGGAACACUAUAUUCUGCUGGAGCCGCAAUGGUUAAUUGAUGCCUUCAGGAAAUUAAUUACAACUAAAGAAUUUGUUCCUAAUGAAAAUACAGAAACAUAUGAGAAAUGGCGACAGUUUGACGAAACAGCAAUUCUGACAAAGGACUUGAUAGAUGUGAGUUGGAGAGACAUGGAGAUGUCAGAACAAACUCUAAUGUUAGAAUAUAUGAAAAAGCUUGGGUUGAUUGUUCCAAACAAAAAGGAACAAAAUACAUACUUUGCCCCCUGUGUACUCAAACAACCUCCGCCAGAAUACUUGCUAAAGCUUGGGGACGGCAAAAACUGCUCUUUUUCCGCUGAUGGGAGGUCUUUUACCAGCAAGUUGUGCUAUACAACAAAGUCAAAGUUUAUUCCGACGGCAAUUUUUAACAGGUUGCUUGCCGAGUGCAUAUCAAGAUGGGAUAUUGUUAGAGAAAAUAACAAAGAGGAUGGAGAAGAACACAUGCACAUAUACUGCGGAUGUGGACUAUUUAAGUUACGAAAUGCUCAAACUCUGUACGUACAUUUCCGUGAUAACGUGGUCCAGAUUUGGAUUGUGAGAUGGAGUGACAUUUUACCAUUAAAAGAAACAUGUAUCGAGGUUAAAAAGCAUAUGGACAAUUUCUUUAACAGUGUCUUCAGAAAUGGCGAUAUCGAGCUGCACUUUAAAUGUCCCACAGGCUCAGCAUGGACGGAUACCAUGCACUCGCUAGAUGAACUGGAAGAGGACAACUCAGUUUUAUGUGGUGUUCACAAUCGUGAAUUAAAAAGCGUCCAAUUGACGAAAUUUUGGAUUUCAGACAAUACGAGUGAUGAGGAAGAGGAAGAAAGUGAUGAUACCGAUACAGAUUUUGAUACAGAUACCGAUACAGAUACCGAAGAACCCUGGGCAAAUUUUGCACUCUCGCCAGAACAUAAAAAAUCUGCUUAUGUUUGGAAAGCUAAAGCUGCAGCUUUGGACUCUGUGUGUAGGAUCAGCUAUAAAGGGUUAUUUGGGACUGGCUUCAGGGUUGGAAGUAAAUAUGUUAUGACCGCAGCACAUGUGCUGAACAAGAUAUACAAGGAAGGUACUAAAUCUAUUGCAGAACAAAAUAAAGAACACGUUCUAAGAGAAACCGUUGCCGAAUUUGAUUACCUUAAAACAGAUCCAGCAAAUACUACGAAAUUUUAUUUCAACCGAGAUAUGUUCUCGGAUGAAAAACUCGAUGUAGCAAUUCUAGAGCUGAAAGAUCGCGCGUCGGAAAAUGUGCCUAUGCGUAAAGCUUUUACCUCUUUUCAGAAGAUAGAUCACAAAAUAAAAUUCAAUUUUAUUGGCCAUUCUGAUGGACAAGAAAUGGCAGUCGACGAGGAUGUACAACUUGUUAAAAAGAAAAGUAAAGACAUGGUCAAGUUUUGUAAGACUGUUAGAAGGAAAAGCAAAAAAAUUAAAGAAAACUGUGAUUGGAUUGAAUAUGUAAUGAAGACUCCCCAAAAACCACUAAAGCAUCAUUUCCAUACCAGUUUUGUACAAGGAGCUUCUGGAGCACCAGGUGUUAAAUUUAAAGAUGAUCCCUUUGUAGAGACAAUUCUAGAGAAUGCCGUUGUAGUGACAAUGCUUACAGGCGGUUAUCCUCAGUGGUAUUACAACCCCGAUAAAGCACAUAAAAAACAUCGAUGGGAUACCAAGUAUUGCAUAGAAGAAGGUGUAAAUAUGGCAGCAGUAUAUAAAAAGUUAAAAAAAGUAAACAGUGGACUGUGUCAGGACAUAUUUCAAAUUGAAUAAGUUGUGCUGUUAUAAUGUCUUCAACCACACAGUGGUGUGGGAGACAUAUUGAUUUACUCCAGUCUGUGUGUGUGUGUGUGUGUGUGUGUGUGUGUGCGUGUGCGUGUGCGUGUGCGUGCGUGGUGUGUGUGUCUAUCACAAAGCUUGUCCGCACUCUAAGUUAAACAUUUCUCAUCCGAUCUUCACAAAACUUGAACAAAAUGUGUUUGCAAUUAAGUGCUCUGCCAAGUUCGAUAACUAGCCAAAUCUGCCCAGGCACUUCAGAAUUAUGACCCUUGAAUUACCAAAGAACGCUCAAAUUUCUUGCGCAUGUUUGACCUCAAAAAGAUGCCUAUAGUUCUUUUAAAAGUAGUAUAGGGGUCUUUUUGGUGUCAAAAAAGCGCAUGCGCAUGUGCUCUAAGUAAACAGUAUAUAGAGACUGACUUACUUUUUAGAUGAUUAGGCAGUUUUUGGAGACAUGCAAUUUUCUCAAAAGCAUCUCUAGUUCUAACGAAAAUGAAAUAUGUGUAACGAUUCUUACGAAGCAUAGAAGUUAGCUAAGCAAUAUAGAAAGAAAUUUGGUUUGAGUCCGUUCCUGAGGGAUAAUGAGAUUCGCAACUGUCUUCAUUUCCCCUAGCAUACAGUGUAGCUCGCGAUAAAUGUUCGUGUAAUCUAGUUUAUACACCGGUCGAGACACGGCCGUGGCAAAAAUGGUUUAAAAAUUUUGCAAUUGCAAUUUAUUUAUGCUUUUAAAUGUUAAAAAUAAAAUUUUGCUGCACAGUGUUCAAGUUUGCAUUACUUUACAGUACGGAAGGAGAAUACAUCAGUUCUAUACCAAUUUAAAAUUGAUUCGCCUAAAGUGAGAAAAUAAGAUUUUAUUAUUAUUACAAAAAUAAGUUACAUCUCUUUAUUGUUUUGUAAUAAAUACACAUUUUAAACGAAACAUAAAAAAAUCUUCCACCAAUAAUAAACACAUAAACAGUAUACUAAUUUACAUGCGUCCAUCUCAACUACGAAAAUAACUUUAAAAUUGCAAAAAUAAGCUUAAACUAUACAUUUGUUUUCUAUAUUAAAUACAUUUUUAUCACUCAUUAUGCUCAAUAAUGUUCAUACCAAUACACGAAAAAUAACUUCUUCAAUAUCAAAAACAUAACUUUUAUUUACCAUGUCUGAGACUGUUUCCUAUCAAUUCUUUGACACAUUUACUUUAUGUUACUUAUACAUAACUUUGCUUAAAGCGCCAAAAUUAAACUACGAAAUUUAACUUUAUUUAGAGCAAAGGAAAUCUUUAAUAACUGACGAAAUAACUUAUUUUAGGUAAUAACAGCCACUAGGAUAUCUUUGCAAAACCAGGAUUUUGGCAAACUUCACUACCAUUUCUAAGUGACUUAGAAACUUCUGUUUUAGCUUGGAUGGUAGUUUAGGGACCAAGGAGCAAUAAAUGAUAUAGAUUUGCAUUAUUUUAAAUUUUAUUAUGUACAAAAAAGGUGAUUAAAAAAUUGUCCUAUUAAAGAUUUCCAAUUUCCAAUGGGAUAUAUGGCGUCCGAUUGGAACUUUUGAAAAUUCAAUCAGACAUUUUCCAAUAUUUUUGCGAGCUGAACUUUUUUCCGGGCGGAAAACAAUAAGUUUUAUAACAAAUUUAAAGGCAUAUUUGUGUUACUUUUGUGUUUACUGUCUUUUCUUCUGGGUUUGAGAUCUGUACAAAGGUAAAUAAAAAAAUCCCAUUUAAAAGCUGGCAAAAAGUCAAAUUGAACAUUUUCAGAAAAAAAAAAUCAGAUUUAUUGUGAACACUUAUAAACAGGAUCAAUGAACACCCUUAAACAUAAAUAGUGAAUAACGAUGUUUUUAGUCAGUUUAAAAUGUUUUUGUUUUUUUUUUUUUAAUUCUAAAUCCCAUUGGAUUUUUUUCCAAUUUUAGGAGUUGGAUUUUGUCCAGUUUUAAAAGUUUGAUUUUUUCCAGCUUUAAAAAUUGGAAAAAUAUCCAGCUUAAAAGAUGGGACUUUUUUCCAAUUUUGAAUGACUGUGGUCAUUUUAAAGUUAAAAUACUUCUUUUCUAAGCAUUUUUGAACUGCAUUAAUAUAAACUUACUGAUGGGUGAGCCAUAAAAUACGGUCUGUUAUUUGAUACUUCUCUAUAAAUUAUUAUGAGUUCCAAUGAAAAUCUGAAACGUCAAUAAUUUUCUUAUAUAAUGUUGAUGUCCAAAUAAAUAUCAUAUAGGGCCUUCGACCUCAUUGGUGACACCAGUUUCAUGUAUGUCAUUGCGUUUAAAAGUUUCUAUAAACAGGAAUUUGUACCAUUCAUAUAGAAAUUAGUGUUUCAUCUAGCGUUAUUUAGCCUGGCGCAGCGCCAGGACUGCAAAUUGGAAUGCACGGAUUUUUUUCUUCUAUACUACACCUAACAGAUUCGCAGUAAAAUAUAAUAUAGACUCUACUGUUCUGCAGUUUUAUAGAUCUAAAGUUUUGUUUGACAAUGUUUUAUGAUUUUUUUUUCCGACACAAUGGAAGUGUUCUACAGAAUGAUGCAUGUUGUUGUAAAACACUGCUUCCAAUUUUAUAGAUGAAAGAAAUACUUCUUUAAAUAAAAUGAAAUUUAUUUUCUUGUUGAUUUAACGUGUGUUCUCAAGUGUUAAGAGAAUUGUAACUGACUUACGUAACCGCCUAAAAGUUGAAAACACAAAUAAUAUUUGGCAUGUGCACAAAAAUGACAAAUACUUGAACUUUGCAAGUGCUGUUAAAAGAUGGACCAAAACCAAACAUCGUAGAAUCAAUAUACUUUGUUAAUGCAGUUGAGCUGUGAUAUAGCUUCAAACAGAUAUUGAUAAGCUGAGUGUGAGUCCUUGGACCUUAAGUCCUUGCGACGUUUAACCUGUCAUCAACACACAUUUAAAAUAUUUGAAAUCCGAUGCCUGUACACUGUUUUGUAUACUAAGUGUGAGUCCUUGGACCUUAAGUCCUUGCGACGUUUGACCUGUCGUCAACACACAUUUAAAAUAUUUGAAAUCCGAUGCCUGUACACUGUUUUGUAUACUAAGUGUGAGUCCUUGGACCUGAAGUCCUUGCGACGUUUGACCUGUAGUCACUGUUUUUUGCAUUCUUUUGUGUAACACUAGAGACUAUCAAGAAAUUAGAGAAAAGCCAAUUACGUGUAAGGUUGUACAUAAUAAAAGUAUUCUAAACUGUU